GGUGAAGAGAUUGCAACUUCCUUUCUUCAACUCAAAGAGUCCGACUACCUUCUCUGAAUCCCACAGUCAAACCUCAGCAUGUGUGAAAUGGGAUCCGACAACCCCUGUACACUCACACUGGAAGACGGCACCCACUACGACCUCAACCAGCUCUCAUCGUCUAAAGCAGACUAUACCGCCCAAGUCGGAGACAUAAGCUACUAUCUCAAUGUUUGCAAGAGUGUAGUGGGAGAGCUGUACAAGAUAGAUAAUCCGGAUGAGGUAGGAGGCUUUGUGCGCAGGCCGGACGGGGACUUCUCACUGGGUCAGGUCAACACAAACCUAACACUUUCGCCUAUGGUCAACGACCCUUUGUUGACUAUGACCGGUGGCUCGGCGUGUCCUGGCAACCCUUCCGAAACAGCAUCAACAGCCAUACGGUUCAUUUGCAGCCCAUCAAAUUUUGAUGCUGGCAAGCCUUUGCUGGUCGCGAGUCUUCCUCCUCAAGAUCCGUGUCAUUUCUACUUUGAAUGGAGUACUCAUGUGGCAUGUCCCACGAACCCCAAGAGAGAACUUGAAAGCCACCACUAUUAUAUCGCUUUCGUUGCCAUCCUGGCGAUAGCCUUCUUGACGUGGUUUGGAGGUGUGACAAUGUACAACCGCCUGAAACUCAAACGUCGCGGCAUCGACCAAUUCCCUCUGCCCGACUUUUCCUCAUGGCACCUCCCCUCCAUCCACCUCCCCAGCCGCUCCAAUGUAAACUCUUCGUCGAACGGUGCUUCGAGACCUGGAUGGGGUUCAUGGAAUCGAAGGUCGUCUGGGUACAGCAAUGUGAGAGCGGAUGAGCAUGACGAUGAGGAGACGGGCUUUGCGGGGAGGUUCAGUUUGGAGGAGAGUGAUGAGGACGCGGAGGACUUGACCACUGUCGGGGUUGGGGAGGCGAAUGUGUGGAGGAACCAUCAGCAGGAGAGGGAUUCGACAGAUGAACAGGGGAAGGGAAAAGGUCGAGCUGAGCACGGCGGAUUGGUGGACGUAUAGAUCGUGAAUAUCAUUUUAUAAUACACCAGCUCAGCUUCCUAUGCAGUCUGGAGCACAUGCCAUGAAUGAUCAAAUAGUGGGAUGCAUGAUGCAUGCAGCAGAACCAAAUGCAAUGCCAGCCAAGUGCCACACCGCCGCCCACGCGGAGUUUUAUCCUCCACCUGGUCAUCUCCG